AUGCGAUUUUGUAUAGACAAGCCAGAGAGCCACCGUGAAUUCUUUAUCAUGGACGACGGGCGAGUCAAACGCGGACGAGCGGCACGGGACGACGGGCGAGUCAACGCGGAUCAGCCACACGCGAACGCGGAUCAUCCAGUUGCAGCUCGCAGCACUGGCCGUAGCUGGGAGGAAGGCGGCACACGAAUCUUGAUGCUCCCGUCAAUCAAUGGAUCCCACCUCCACACCGCCACCUUCUUCAUGUACGACCAGCCCGAGCUGGACCACGGCUGGAUGAAAACCUGCGAUGGCUUCGCUGAGCUGGCGCACUCCGUCGCAAGCGAGAAGCUUGCUGAGGUUGGGCUCCACUCGCAGCUCAUUCACCAUCCACUGCGCGUGCGCAAUCCGGCCAAGGCCGCCAUAUUUUACCUGCCUAUCUUCGAGGCGACCAGCUAUCUGCUCGGAGAGCAACCGCCGGCGAGAAGGCUGCGAAACUGCACCCGCAUCGUCAGCCGGAUGCAUCCGCUCUCCGGGCUGCUCCGCUGCGCGACCGCAGGGCGGUACAAGGCUCGGGCGGGCGGCGGUUGCCGGACGACAGUGCCCUACGGCGUGAACCCGCAUGCUUUGCAGGCUCACGAGUCCGAGCCGAACGCUCCUCGACCGCUGCUCGUCUCCUUCUCCGGAUCCCUCGACGUGUGCUGCUCAGGGGCGCGGGUCCGCUGCGCCGUUGGCGAUGUGCUCCUCUCCUCUCUGUUCGCGGACGACGUCGAGAUCAUGCCGAGCUUGCACCCCGGAACACGCAGCAUCCAGAACGCGUCGUGCCUUGCACGCACACUGGCCGAGCUCGAGGCUGCGACGAAUGCAUCCUACGCGGCGCACGCGCGUGGCGUAUGGACCGCGCACUCGAGCCCUUGGGACGGUGGGACCUCUCAGGCCGUUGUGAUGAGCCAGCGCGCGGGCAACGCGUUGGCACGGUCGGUCUUCUGCCUUGUCCCUGCGGGCGACACUUUUAUCACCUCGCGCCUCUAUUCGGCGAUUGGCGCGGGAUGCCUUCCGGUCCUUCUCGGGAGCCACAUCUGGGUCACCGGAGUGCUUGCAUUUUCUGCGCGCAUCGACUACCGCGCCUUUGCCGUCGCGGUGGACGACCACGCCUAUCUCAGGUCGCCGCAAGGGCUGGUGCCAAUGCUCCGCGCAAUGCCCCGCGACGAAGCCGCGCCCGGCGCAAACGCGACUGCGCAGUGGCUCAGCCUCGCGCGCAACAACGGCUCCAGCAGCACCGUCUGA